GCCUUGUAAUGAUCGAAUAUGGAAGUGCAGCAUUCCGUGCAAUCGGAUGCUUUCCUGCGGAUUUCAUAAGUGUAAAGAAGUUUGUCAUCCUCUGAAUGAGUGUGGCGAUUGUCCGUUGAGUGGAACACAAAGCUGUCCAUGUGGGAAAUUUAGGAAAGAAUUGCCUUGUACUGAAGAAAUAGGACCCUGUGGAGACACCUGCGGUAAAACCCUUACCUGUGGCGUUCAUGUCUGCGCCGCUAGGUGUCACCGUGGAAAUUGUGGCUCGUGUCUGCAGUUAAUUUUGAAGAAAUGUCGUUGCGGAGCCAAGGAGAAAGAAGUGCCUUGCCAAAAGGAAUUCCUGUGUGAAUCGAAGUGCAAGCGAAUCAGGGAUUGCAAAAGACAUGCCUGUAAUCGAAAGGUAUGCUGCUCAGGUGCGUGUCCGUCAUGCGAACAGCCUUGCGGAAGAAUGUUGGGCUGCAAGAACCACAAGUGCAAUUCACGUUGUCAUCAGGGCCCUUGUUUUCCAUGCAACAUAAUGGUCGAAAUUAAAUGCUUUUGUGGGAAGGAAUCACGUUUCGUUCCCUGUGGUCGUGAACGAACAUCGAAGCCUCCACGGUGUUCUGAACCCUGCAAGCUCCCGUCCGAUUGUCAUCAUCCGAAACGUCAAGCUCACAAGUGUCACUUUGGACCAUGUCCGCCUUGUAAUCUUCGCUGUGAGAAUUCGUAUAGCAAUUGUCCUCAUAUUUGCGAGGCCCGGUGUCACGACUUUGUUGCUCGUGCUAAGCCGCUGCAGAGGAAGGCUGACACACCUUGGGAAGUCGUCACUAAUCCUGAAGUUGAAAUUGUGAAAUUACCCUGUCCCUCUUGUCAGGUAUUAGUCCCUGUGGAGUGCUUCGGAAAACACGAGAUUUUCCAACGACCGUGCAGCGAAGCUGUUCCUUUUUCGUGUCAGCGUCAGUGUGGAAAGCAUUUGUCCUGUACUAAUCACACGUGUGCCUUGGAGUGCCAUGUUGUGGAGGGGGCAUCUGGUCUGGAUUUGGCAGGAAUGAAUUGUGAAACGUGUCAGAGUCCGUGUGAGAAGCCGAGACCCGAAGGCUGUUGUCAUCCGUGUCCUCUGCAAAUUAAGGGAACCGGAUGUCAUCCUGGCCCCUGUCCAAGAUGUGAUUUGAUGGUGAAACUUCCUUGUCAUUGCGGAAUCAAUCAAGUUUAUGUCAAGUGUUAUAAGUGGACUGCAGCUGGAGAUGAAGACAAAACGAAACUUCUGUCUUGCGGUAAUCCGUGUCCGAAAGUGAUGGCCUGUGGACAUUCCUGUACGUUGCAAUGUCACCAAGGAGAGUGCGCAAGUGAUCGCACAUGUAAAAAGAAAGUUAACGUCAAGUGUGCUUGCAAACGGAAAAAGAAAGAAUUUCCGUGCGUUUAUAUUCGCGAGCAAGCUGCUCAUUUAGCUCAGUUAGUCGCCUGUGAUCAAGUCUGCUACGAUAAAGCGGAAGAAGCUCGAAAAGAACUUGAAAUGAAACGGAAAGUAGAAGAAGAAUUGCGAAAGAAGAAAGAACAGGAAGAGCUGGAUGCAUUUGAAAGGAAGAUGAAAGGUGGUGGGAAGAAGCGGAAACAUCGAGUGGAAGAAUCGGCGGAAGAUGAAGAGCAGUGGUGGCGGACACAACGUGGAUUACUCGUUGCUGGUCUGGCUGCUGCGUGUGUCGGGGUUGGGUUGGCAUCGUUUUUUGUUUUCUGA